AUGAGUGAAAAAGAACUCUGUGAUCCUCGAACAAAAGAUGCUCAUAUUGAAAAAUAUAGAAUUUGUGAGAAAUUAGUAGGUUCUGAACCUCAAACCAAUAUUUCUUCUCCUACUGAUCCUCAUAUAGAAAAAGAACCAAUAUUUGUAACUAAAAAAGAUAAAAAGAAAACAAAAGCUAUAAUUAGAGAACAACCUGAUAUUGAUAUAGUUUUAGAGACUUUAGAUAUCUCCGAUUAUGAAGAAAUUGCAGAAAUAGAACCUGAAAGCAAUGAUGAGGAGACCAUAAUAGAUUAUUCUGCCCCCGAUAUUGAAAGCAGAGAUGAAGAAAUAUUCGAAGAUAUUGAAAAUCUUGAAGACUUUAGAUUAGAUAUAUGCAUAAAUAAUUAUGCAACAUGUUCAGAAUGUAAUAAGUUAUAUGAACCUGAUAAAGUAUCAACAAAAUUGCCUGGACAAAUCCUGAUAUGUCUUAAUUGUAAUUUUGUAAAAUAUCCUAGUCACCCAAUGUCUAAAAUGAGGCAACCUUGUAAUCAACAAUUGGCAAAGGAGGUACCUACAAAGGAAGGAACAUUAUAUCGUCCUUUGCUUACUUAUCCAACAAUUAGUAUUAAACAUCAGCUCAAGUUAUUAUACGGCCAACCUGGAUUUGAAGCAUCAUGCAGAAAAUGC